AGAUUCUGUAUGAGUUUUCAUCCUUCCUCGCUAUCUCCAUCACGCAAAGCUCGUCGCUUGUCGUCUGAUUGCAGCUCUUCAGAACCAGUGUUGUUCCUAGACUGCGACGACACUUUGUAUUGGAAGGAUCGACGUGAAGUGGGACGUUUAUUGACGCGAAAAAUAGGGAAGUACAUAUAUCAAAAUUUUGGUUUGGACUCUUCUGGUGGAUAUUCCCUCUAUUCUCAAUACGGCACCUGCAUCAAGGGCCUCAUCGAAGAGGGAUACAUCGCGAAAAAUGAUAAAGCAGAAAUCGCACGAUACUUCAACGAAACGCAUGCUCUCAGCGAGCUGUCUGACCUCAUCCCCCCGGACCCAUCUCUUAGAGAAAUGCUAAAGCGCAUCGGCGUCCCCACGUGGGUCCUCACAGUCGGGCCAAUGCAACACUGUCUACGCUGUCUCAAAUUGCUGGGUGUUGAAGAUCUCCUUCCGAAUGUCAUCGAUACUGCCAUGUGCAAUUUCGAGACUAAGAGGAAGGCUCCUUGCUAUAACAUCGCUAUGAAUAUCGCUGGCGUUACUGAUCCAUCGAGUUGCAUUUUGGUGGAUGAUUCUGCUGCGAAUUUGGAGGCGGCUAAGCAGGUCGGAUGGCGCACAGUUCUGGUCAAUCCGAGUGGUACACUGAAAGGUCCUUUCCCGGGAGUCGACUAUAUUAUCGAUAACGUCACUCUCCUCCCCACAGUUCUGCCCGAAUGUUUCAAUUCUGCCACUGAUUCUGAGGCUUCAUCGGACGACGAGAUCAUCUCCGUCUCGAUGAACCCGUAUACAGGAAAGCGUUCAAGACACAUCGAAAGCAUCGACACAGCGCCGAGCGAGUCGCAAUUCGGCUCCUUUUCGAGCGACAUUGGUUGUGAGGACUAAUUGCAACUGCUGAUCGUCAUUAGUUAUGAGUUUUCAAAGAUGCAGUUGAAUUUCAUUCUUUUCUGUGAUAUAACUUUUUUGUGAAGUUCUCCGAGGACAAGCAUCGUCACUCGUGUUUAUAUUUUGCGACCGGAGGGGUCUUCAAGGCCUCUUCCGAGAUUAUCAGGGCGAGAUUAGUUGUACACGAGAUGCCUCUAAUCUCGAGGUGGACACUGCGCCACCUUUCGUCGUAUCAUUCUGACCGGUAGAUGUAUGUAGCC